AUGUCUUCAACCAGCUACACUAUUCCACCAGCCUCAGAUAUCACGAAUUUAUAUAUCAACGGCGAAUACAUCGAACCCAAGGCGGGAAAAACAUAUACUCUCUACAACCCAACCGACGACUCAGUUGUUUCCGACAGGAUUCCUAUCGCCGAAGAGGCCGAUGUCGAUGCUGCCGUCGAUGCCGCCGAAAGCGCGUUCAAUGGACCUUGGAGCCAGUUCACGGGUGCUCAGCGGUCGGCAUGUUUGCGAAAACUAGCGGAUCUUCUCGAAGAAGACGAUCGAUUGAUCAAGUUACUCACACUUGAUGCGCAAAGUACCGGGAAUCCGGUCUCGAUUAUUCCGACUCGAGAAAAGACUUAUAUCUUGGGACAUCUACUCUACUAUGCUGGAUGGACCGAUAAGUUGCGAGGCGACUAUUAUCCGGCCGAUGAUGGUUUUGUCAAACUUGUUCGACAGGAACCUUUGGGUGUUUGCGUUGGCAUCAACCCGUUCAACGCCCCGAUCGCGACUCUUUUUAUGAAAGCCGCGCCUUGUCUAGCAACAGGAAACGUCUUGAUCCUAAAACCGUCGGAACAAAGUCCACUUGGAUCACUGGCCAUCGCACCCCUAUUUGAAGCCGCAGGUAUUCCGAAGGGCGUGUUCCAGGUUCUUACUGGGGCCGGUGACACUGGCGCAUUGCUAGCUAAGCAUAUGAGAGUUCGCAAGAUAAGCUUCACUGGAAGUCUACCCACCGGAAAAAAGAUCCAAAUUGCAGCCGCGCAGAGUAACCUCAAACGCGUCACCCUGGAACUAGGUGGUAAAAGUCCAGCAUUGGUCUUCGAGGAUGCAGAUCUCGAAAAUGCGCUUACAUGGACCGUAAAUGCUAUUCUCGCACGAUCCGGACAGGUUUGCGUUGCAGCAUCCCGAGUCUACGUCCAAAGAUCCAUCGCGAAUGAAUUUGUCGAAAAAUACACAGAGCGCAUGCGAGCAGCUGUUGAUAAGAUCGGAGACCCCUUAGAUAAAGCAACCAUGAUGGGACCACUUGUUAACAAGACCGCACUCGAGAGAGUAAGCAAGAUGAUCGAGAGGGGAAAGAAUGAAGCAGAGCUUGUUGUUGGUGGCGUGCGUCACGGAGAACAAGGCUGUUUUAUCGAGCCGACGGUAUUUCUGAACCCACAGAAGGGAGCCCGGAUAUACAGUGAUGAGAUAUUCGGUCCCGUUGCUGUUGUUAAGACAUUUGAGACAGAAGAAGAAGUUUUGAAGAUGGCUAAUGAUACCGAGUACGGAUUGAUGUCGGGAGUUUUUACGAAGGAUAUUAAUCGUGCCUUGCGUGUUUCUGCUAAGCUGGAAUCUGGUGUUGUGGGAGUCAAUUGUGUUAGCUAUGCCUUGCGAGCAUUUACAGAGCCAAAGACCGUGCUUAUCAAUAUGAAUUAA